UCAUUUUCAAAAAGACAAAAAAAGUGAAUUUGAAAUUUCAAUGCCCACCAAACGCCAAUCAAUUUGCCUCCCUCCCAAUCCCACGCGCCUACCUCUCCCGUCACCAUCACAGCCUCCCCACUCUUUGCAUGAACACAAACGCGUGACAAACACUCUCCCUGAUACGCGUGCGGAAUCGUGAUCGCCCACGACCAACCCGUGCCGUCGUGCCCUGUCUCUCCACAACUAACCCUGCGCUCAUCAACUUGCAAACACUCACAACACAACACACACAAUUUUCUAGAGAGAGAAAGUGAGAGGAGAGAGAAAGUUGCAGAUCCUCCAUGGCCUCCACCAAGGAACGCGAUAACUUCGUCUACGUUGCCAAGCUCGCCGAACAAGCCGAACGCUAUGAAGAAAUGGUGGAUGCAAUGAAGAAUGUGGCGAAGCUAAACGUGGAACUGACGGUUGAGGAGCGGAACCUUUUGUCGGUAGGGUACAAGAACGUGGUGGGUGCUCGUAGGGCUUCGUGGAGGAUUCUUUCGUCGAUUGAGCAGAAGGAAGAGGCGAAAGGGAACGAUGUGAGUGUGAAGCGGAUAAAGGAGUAUAGGCAGAAGGUGGAGUCUGAGUUGUCCAAUAUCUGCAGUGAUAUCAUGACUGUUAUUGAUGAGCACCUUAUCCCCUCUAGCACUACUGGUGAACCUAGUGUCUUUUUCUACAAAAUGAAGGGUGACUAUUACCGGUAUCUCGCGGAGUUCAAGUCCGGUGAAGAGAGAAAAGAGGCUGCUGAUCAUUCCAUGAAAGCGUAUCAGACAGCUUCCACUACUGCAGAGGCUGAGUUACCUCCUACGCAUCCUAUCCGACUGGGUCUGGCUUUGAACUUCUCUGUCUUUUAUUAUGAAAUUUUGAACUCUCCUGAAAGGGCUUGUCACCUUGCAAAGCAAGCAUUUGAUGAAGCAAUCUCUGAGUUGGAUACUCUGAGUGAGGAGUCUUACAAAGACAGCACCCUAAUUAUGCAGCUUCUGAGGGACAACCUCACCUUGUGGACUUCUGACAUCCCUGAAGAUGGAGAAGAACAAAAGGUGGAUUCUGUCCGAGCUGCUGGUGGUGAAGAGGCAUAGUGAAGCAGGUAUUGGCUAGGAAUUGGUGUGCAUACGAGAAGGCUAGCCUCUGUCGUGAUAGUUUACAUUUAGGAUGUUGCAAUAGAGCAUGUUGUUGGUCUCUAGAAAAUCACCAUAGAGCUUUGUGAUCCUUUUAUUCUAUGCGUGUGCUUUCUGUUACUGCAGACGAUUUGCAUGGUGUUUCGCUGUAAUCUAGUGAAUUGCUUCAUUUUGUUGACUUCAUCUUUCUAAGAGGAUGCUUCCUUGCAUUCUUUUAUCUGUUUACAUAAUAUUUAUUUAAAAUUAUGCCAA